AUGAAGUCCCUCUUGGAAACGUCCAGGCCCAGUUCGGACUACUCUGUGAUCUUAGGAAGUGAUUUUCUUCACGAACAAAUGCGGUCGAAAUUAGAUGAGAAUGAUCCAAACAUGAACUGCUACUCUGACUUCUCCGAGAUGUUUGAUGCUCAGACAUGCCAGGAUGUACAGGCAGAGAUAGAGGCAGCAAUUCAAGAAGCUGCAGACAAGAAGAUCUGUUCUCAGAUGAUCUAUCCACCAGACUUAGUGUCUCGUAUUACAAGUGAUGUUCUUCGCUUGUCUGUUUCGGAACCCUGUGGACUUCGUGGUUGUGCAAUCUACAUGAUUCUUCAAGAAAAAGACAGGGCCUUUAAACUUGGUACCAUAUUUGGCAACCCCUUAGCACCACCUACCUUUGAAAUUCAUCUUACUCUUAAAGAAGAUGACCGAAGCUGGAAGAAGUUACAGAAAGUAUAUUAUACAAUUCGUGGCUGUCUUCUUAAUUCACAGUGGUCUGCUAUGCCGAAGAUACUUUGUUCUUCUUAUCAUUUGGAAAAAAGAAGACUGUACCGCAGAUCUGACAGUGUGGAUUCGGUGAACACAUAA